AUGGAGAUGGGUCGGGUUAAAGCGACCAUUAGAAAAAAGGGAGGGAAUACGGCACAAUCUAUGAAGAAAGCACUAGAACUUGUAAAAGCUGCAAUGAGUAUUAGGCAAGCAAUGAAAGCAAAAUCAGGAAGACGAACAAGAGAAAGUAAUUCAAGACAAAAAAAUGACAAAACUGACAAAAAAGGUGGUAAACGUUCGAAUGAUUCUAGAAAUUUAAAAAAAAAAACUGUCAUAAAGCCGUUCUCAUGUAAAGUUUGUAGUAAGAGUUUCAGUCGAUCUAGUGAUAUGAAAAUACAUCACAGAAUUCAUACCGGUGAAAAGCCGUAUUCGUGUAAAGUUUGUGGCAAAAGUUUUAAUCAUUCUAGCGAUUUAAACAAGCAUACUAGAACACAUACUGGUGAAAAGCCGUAUUCGUGUAAUACAUGUGGUAAGAGUUUUAAUAAUUCUACUGCUUUGAACAGGCAUACCCUAAUACAUACGGAUGUAAAGCCUUAUUCAUGUAAUACUUGUGGCAGGAGUUUUAAUAAUUCUACUGCUAUGAAUAGGCAUAAUAGAAUACAUACUGAUGAAAAGCUUUACCCUUGUAACAUAUGUGGUAAGACUUUCAAUCAAGCUAGUGAUUUGAAAAUACAUAUAAGAAUACAUACUGGUGAAAAGCCGUAUUCGUGUAAUAAAUGUACCAAGAGUUUUAAUAAUUCUACUGCAUUGUGCAGGCAUAGUAGAACACAUAAUGAAGAAAAGCCGUAUUCGUGUGAUACCUGUGGUAAGAGUUUCAAUCAAUCAAGAGAUUUGAAGAUGCAUAAAAGAAUACACACUGGUGAAAAGCCGUAUUCGUGUCAUGUGUGUGGUAAGAAUUACAGUCGAUCUGGUAGUUUGAACAAGCAUAGAAGAAUACAUACUGGUAAAAAGCUGUAAGAUGAAGAGAAAUGAUGUAAAGUAAUUAAGAUCGUAAAUAUUUCUUCAGUUUCAGUAUAUUAUUAUAAUCUUUCGUCUGGCAAAGAUCAAGACGGAUUAAAUCAUGCUCAUAUAACAUGAGUUCUAUAGUAAGCAACAUAGAGAUAGGGGCAUUUAUUCUUUGCGAACCAAUUCAAGUUUAGGCCGUUUCGAGAUAUGAGCGAAGUGGUCGCGAUAAUAUGUACCCUGUCAUUGGUGGGGGGAGCGUGUACAACAAUGUAAGAAUAGUCCCAAAGAAUUACUCAAGGGCUUCAGACAUUAAUAGUGUAUGCGCCCCACGUAUUUUUGAUAACGGUAAAGUAUUAAUCUGCCAUUUUGCAUGGUGGGGUUGGCCAUACGUAUGACAUAAACAUACCAUUUACCAAACAUAUACAAUAUAGUAGAGGAGCCAGAGCGGGGAUUUUGGCAUUUAUCCGAGUGAGAUUUAUUCAGAAUAAAAGACGAGGGGCACUUACACCUUGUAAAGUACCGUUGACGACCUGUAUAGCCGAAUGGUUAGCGAUCCUACCUACUAAGCUAGAGGUCCCGGGUUAAAAUCCCGGUAGGUGCAAGAAUUUAUAUGAUGAAUAUGGAUGUUUGUAACCCACAACACAGGCUAUAUAUGUUUAACUUGGGGCAAGACAAUUUGUGUAAAAAGUGUGUCAAUAUUAUUAUUAUUAUACGUACGGGUAGACAAUAGGAAAAUUUUUAUACAGCGCGUCAUCGAGACGAGAUGUACAGUGAACCCUAUUGUAGGUCCUAUUCAAAAUACUGACGAUUUGGAUGUGGCCAAAAGUUAUGGACGAUUUUCGAAAAUGCAAAUGCAAAAAAAAAAAUCGUGGCCAUAAAGUACCUACUCAAGAGCGUCAGAUUAUUAUACAGAUGGUUUAUCUUAAUGUAAGAAAUUGCUUAUUAGAAACUUUGUGACUUUUCUAAUUUUCUUAUCAUUAAAUUCCUGUAUCCCCUAGCUGGGGCAGAAUGCAUCCACAGUUCAUCUCCAUCGCGAAUCGGUCCGGUCUUGCACUAUUUCUGUUUCGAAAAUCUGUUUAAUUUCGGGUAAGCGAGUGAUCAUCCCACUACACCCUAGCCCAUUAGUGGGGAUGCCACCUCGGAGCCAACGGGCAGGCUCGGUUUUGUUCGGGUAUCCUCCCUAGUGAGUGGAUUCUGUUUUGAGGCGCAGUAUAUUCGCCUUUGCCCUGCAUCCUCUGCUCAGCUGCAUCACAAAGUUGGUGAUCGCGCAACGGC